GCAUUGAAAGGGAGACUAGCAUGAUAAUGGAACUGAAAGACUUUGCACCUUAUGGGUGUGGUUUACCAUAGCAUCUUAAAUGCUGAACCAGUUGCAGACAUUGAAGAUGAGUUUAUAAAUCAGCAUUAGUUCAGUUAUACAGUAGCUUUAUUUAUUUUACAUUGUUUAAGUAAAUCUUGUGAGGAAAAAAAAGGCAGAGGAAACAUGCAAUAUCUAAGGUUUCUGAUCAGCAUUUUUGUGUAUGUAAAAUAUUUUGUCAAGAUUAGCCAUGGUGGAUCUUGUGAGGGUUUAUUUUGUCAUCCAAGGGAACUAUUCCAAUCUAACCUUAGCUCUUAUGUCGCUCAACUUCUGAACAAUAAAACUUCUAGGAGUCACAAUGAAACUGCAACAAAAAUACCUUUUCAAGGCAUCAUUCAAAGUCAGACAUUAAACAAGAAAUGUUGUUAUAAUGGUGGCACUUGUUUUCUGGGGUCAUUUUGUAUCUGUCCUAAGCAAUUUACUGGACGUCAAUGUGAAUAUGAAAGGUGGCCACUAGACUGUGCUGAUGGUAUUCUUAAUGGAGAAUGGGUAGUCAGAGGUUGCUCAUUAUGCAGAUGUUUUUCAGGAGAGCUUCACUGCUUGUCUCCUGUACCAGAAUGCGAUGAAGAAAUGAAUUCUGAAAGAUCUUCCAGCUCUAGGCUGCAACAUUACAAUGUGAUUGCAUUUCCAUUGAUUCUAGCAAUACUUCUUAAAUUCUGUACACAGUUUUAAAAUAAGCAGUACAGAUCUUUAUAGGCUGUGCUGUCUGUAUCCAUUGCACUUUCAGAGCUUGUUCUACUUGCAAGUGAUUUUUGGCAGCAUUAUGUAACAUGUUACAGUAUAUGUAAAGCACAUUUGUGCAUGAUUCGGGCUGCAUUUAUUUUCUUUUUUGAAUGCUUGCAGAACCACACACUAAAUAUCCGGGUGCUUGGUCUCAUGGGCACCUUCAUUUGGACCAUAGUGACUAAUAAUCCAUGUACUGUAGCAAUUACAUUUCCAGGAUAAAUACUGCAACUGAAAGCACCAUACAGCCAGGGAUGAGCUCUAUAUAAUAUAUAAAUUCUGAUCAUCAUAGUACUGCUUUUUUCUCACUAUUUAACACCAAACCUUUACAGCAACAUGUGCUGCAGAGAUGAACAACACAAGCCUUAAUUGAAGCAUAGUACCAGUUAAUUAUUUUAUUUAAAGAAACAUGCACUUAUUAAAUAACCGCACAUGUACCCAUUAUAUAUAACUCAGACACAGGCUGUAUUAGUGACAUGCCAUGCGAUCUACAACAUCAGUAGUAUAUAUGACCCAUCAACAAAGGUUCCUUUCGGCAUCUGUUGAACACAGUCCUCCUGAUCCUGUCUUUUGUGUAUAUGGCCGAUCUCAUGGGGUACAUUUCUUGAGCUGUUUUCCUAAAUAUCUAAUAUUACUCUGCAAUUGCAUGGCAAACGAUGGUAAUCCUAACCAUAUACCUUACAAAUGUUCAGAAACCAUCAUUGGUGUUUAUUGUAUAGAUGUACAGGGAUUCAUUUAGUUUUAUAUCUUGUUUUGUUUCCAAUUAUUUAAAAUUUUUCUUAGAAUGUUUAUCUGAAAACUGAAGGGGGUGACCUGACCAGGCCACGGGUGUUUGGUUUUAUUAUAAUGUAAGGAUCCUCUGUCUACAUACAAUGUAAUAUAAAGAUAAUGUUUCUGGGUGGCAGUGUUUUCUCUAGCCCUGCAGCACAGGCUGUAAGUAAAAUAUAGGUGCAGUGUUAUACUGUAUUGUUUUACUUUCAAAGUGUUGCUGUAAGAGACUAACUAAAUAGUUUCACUAGUACUUAUGCAUGUAAUGUGUUGCACUAAUUAUACAUAUGACAUGAAAAUAUUAUUUACAUACUGGACUUUUUUAUUUCUUUUUAGAAGUCACUUUUUUGUGAUGGUCUUUUUUCACUUGGUAUUUGCUCCUGUGUAUUACAAAUAGAUGUGUAUAUUCAUUUUGUUGACUCUACUUGCAUGAAAUGUAAUAAAAGGAUAAAAGGGA